AUGCGCCGCCCUUCUUUGAGUCGACUCAAAAACCUCCCUCCUGAGCCCCCGUACCCCUAUUCCCAGCAGCCCAUGCGGCCAGGCAUGGUGUUACCAGUAGGCAUGGGGGGAGCACCGGGCAUGGCACCAGGAAUGGGUGCAGGCCGAAUGGGGCCCCCAUACCCCUACUCCCAGCAGCCCAUGCGGCCAGGCAUGGUGUUACCAGCAGGCAUGGGGGGAGCACCGGGCAUGGCAGGAGGGAUGGGGGCACCGGGGAUGGUGCCUGGGGGAGCACCAGGCAUGGUGGGGGGACCGAACCCCAAUGUGUACAUGCGACAGCAGCAGCAGUAUGGGGCGGCACAAGGGGCGCCUGUGCAGGGGGCUAGAGCAGUGAGAGUUGAAACAGCAGGCAAUAUGGUGGGGGAGCACAAGGCAUGGUGGGGGGACCGAACCCCAAUGUGUACAUGCGACAGCAGCAGCAGUACGGGGCAGCCCAAGGGGCGCCUGUGCAGGUGCGUGGGGGGAUUGGGAAUGGGAGCACCAGUGAUGGGGCCCCCAGGGAUGGUGCCCGGGGGAGCACCAGGCAUGGUGGGGGGGCCGAAUCCCAAUGUGUACAUGCGACAGCAGCAGCAGUACGGGGCAGCCCAAGGGGCGCCUGUGCAGGUGUGUUGGGUUAGGGUUCAAGGGAUGGUGCCCGGGGGAGCACCAGGCAUGGUGGGGGGGCCGAAUCCCAAUGUGUACAUGCGACAGCAGCAGCAGUACGGGGCAGCCCAAGGGGCACCUGUGCAGGUGGGUGGGGGGCAGUGGGGGCUAGACUCUAGUGCACAGCAGCAGCGGCAGCAGCGGGUGCAAGGAGGGCCGAGGGGCGGGGGAGGAGGUGUGCCGGGGGGGCUGGGAGGGCCAGUGCCGAUUCAGCAGCAGCAGCGGCAGCAGCGGGUGCAGGGGGGGCCGAGGGGCGGGGGAGGCGGCGUGCCGGGGGGUUUGGGAGGGCCGGUGCCGAUUCAGAGUGGGGGAGGUGAAGCAGGGGGUGUGCUUGGAGGUUUAGGAGGGCCGGUGCCGAUUCAGGUGCUAGCAGCAGCCGUGGCAUCGGCACAGCCAGAGCAGCAGCGAGCGAUACUGGGGGAGCAGCUGUACCCUCUAGUGGCGCGUCAGGAGCCGGAGCAUGCGGGCAAGAUCACGGGAAUGCUGCUGGAGAUGGACAAGGGGGAGCUGCUCAUGCUGCUGCAAUCCCCAGACGCCCUCCGAGCCAAGGUCUCCGAAGCUCUCGAUGUGCUUCGGAUCGCCGCUGCCAUGGCGGCCGCCUCCACUGCGGACCAAGGCUCGGGAUGA